AAAAGGAGAAACUACUUCAUACCACGUUUCUUCCUCAAGCUGUGGGGGCGCUGAGGCUCUUCCUCCCACCCCUGCCUCUGCACUAGAACCCUUCUCCUUCCAGAGACUGGGGAGGAGGGGGCACAGACCCGGGCAUCCCCUGCCUGGGGCACCAGGACAGAAACCAUAAAGGUUGGUGUGGGUUCAGUUCCCUAAAAAGAGGACCCCCUCUUCCUCCCUUGCCUGCAAAGUCACCUCUGUAAAGAAGUUUCAUUUUCUUUUUGCUUUUAAUUUGGUGCCCUUGUUGGAAGAAUCUUUAUCAUGAGGAACAGGAAAGCCUCCCACUUAUCAGAUCAUUGACCAAAGAAUUCUAACUGGAAAAUAGUAAUUUAGAGACCCAUUCCAGGGCAACUGUUCUUCAGAAUCGAAAACAUACACGACUUGGGCUAUGUUAAAAUUAAACAGCAUUUUAUUCAUGGCUAUCUACCGCGUAAUACUCUAGCGUCGCCAAUCUGCCAAGAUGCAUGCCAGUGGGCUUCUAGAAGGGACAGAUGCAGACCCCUCCCCCACUUCACCAGCUCCCCCAGAACAGAUUUAAAGCAACCAAACCAAUUCUUCCUUGGGAAGAGAGUGGUACAGAGUCACAGAUAAGCCAUUCCCCACUCCUGCAGCAUCCUACGACCCCAAAGUCCAAAGAGCAAAGAAUAUGCCCAAAUAGGGGGGAAGGAGGGCUCACAGGAUGCAUGCUCUUCUACUCACUAUGUCAAAAGCUUGGCUGCUCCAUCAGAGGCCAGUUUCCGGCUCUCUACAGAAAGUAAAAGCAGGCUGUGAGCAAGGUCACAGCUGCUGAAAAAAUACCUACAGAUCUUCACUGGGAGCAGCGGGCAGCCCAACUUUCCCAGCCGCACUGUCCCUUUCGUCCCAGGAAGAGGGAGAGGGCAGGAACCCCGGAGACUUGGCCGCUGCCUGGUUGUGUAACAUUGUCACCCAGCUCAGGCUCGACUGCUCGUCCCUGAAGAAGCCAAUACUGAGAGAUAAGUAAUGGGCAGAAGAAAAGUAGCUUUAUGUCAAGCAAGCUGGCGAGCAGGGGAGAAGGUGGAUCACUGAGCAAAAGGACCAACUCCCAACAGGGCAAGGCUCAGCGGGAAUUUAUACAAGGAGGGAAGCUGAAAUGGUCACAGGCUGUGUACCAGGGGUGCGCCGUGCUUCUAUCUGGGGAGACUUUACAUUAACCUCUGGGCUGUCUUGCUGGAAUUCGAGAAGGUGAGCAUGGUCCUUACUUUGUUCAGAUCAGCACAUCAGUUCUAGGGGUCAGCGGUCAUAUAUUUUCUAGAGAAAAAAGAACGGAGACAGAAACAGAGCUUAACUGGCAAAGCAAAACUGAACUCAGAGAGUCAAAUCCAGAGCUGUGUUUAAACUGUUUACAAGCCUUUGGCUGAAGAACAAGCAAGGUUAUAACAGCGGUGACAUUGACCUGCCUGACCGGCACCAUCACCAUGAGCUGGUCCUCAGGCUUGGCCUCCAAGCCCAUCAUGGGUUUUUGCCUCCGUGUGGGGCAGCUGCUCUCCACCUGCGUGUCCUUCUCACUGGGGGCCAGCCUGGGCAUUUGGAAGGAGAGCCUGGCUAACUGGUGCGUGUUCAUCUGGUGUCUCUGUUUUGCCAUGAGCCUCAUCACCUCCAUAGUGGAGUUAUGUGGGCUGCAGUCCCGCCUCCCUUUCUCCUGGGAUGGUUUUCUUUAUGUUAUUUCCUUCCACUUCGGCAUCAUCUGCAUGGUGACAUCCCUAAUCUUCGGCACCUCCUACAUCCAGGUCUUUUCUCCAGGCCCCGCCCAGAACCGCGCCAUCACCGCCACUGCCUUAUCCUUCGUUGCUACUCUGCUUUAUGCCAUCGAAGUGGCCUGGGUCUGUGUCCGACCCGGCGACAUGGUCUGCUUUGUGCCCACCUUCCCAGGUGUGCUCAGGAGGCUGGAGAACUAUCUGGCCUGUGUCAUCUUCGCCUUCAUCAGCAACACCGACCUGUACCGGGACCAGCCGGCCCUCGUGUGGUGCGUUUUCGUGUACUCCAUCUGCUUCAUCCUGGGGGUCGUGAACUUCCUUGUGAAUGGGUGUGACUGUGACAACGACCAAAACCUGCCCCUCCGCAUUCCCGUUUUACUGUGGGUGCAGACUGUGCUCUCCGUCCUCCUCUACACCACCGCAGUGAUCCUCUGGCCCCUCUACCAGUUCCACGAGAAGCUGGGGGGACAGCCCCAGCGGUCCAGCGAUAUGAGCUGCAGUGGUCAACUCACUACCUUUGUCUGCGUCUGGGACCAGCGACUGGUGGUGGCCAUCCUGACAGCCAUCAACCUGCUGGUUUAUGUGGCUGACAUGGUGUACUUGAUCUUCGAGGCUUUUGUAUGGACUGAGGCUCAGCCCAGGGACUCUGGAUUCUUUUCACCUGCAGUUUCUUCACCAACUUCUGAUGUCCCCUGAUGCCCUCUUUUAGACUCAGAGACCUGGUGUUGGUGGGGGAGUUGAGGGGAAAGUGGAUGGAGCCACAGGUAGAAAGGAGAUUUCUCAGAAUAUGGCCUUUUUGAGCAUUUUGAUUUUGAAACAUGUAAGCAAAUUGCUUUUAUAAGAAAACAAAAUUAAAGUUUGAAAAAUAUA